AGCGGGGCAUACCCUGUGGGACCAGUACUGCAUCAUAGGCCCCGCGUGGAUGCAUGCAGGUUCGGAAUGGCAAGCUCAUCUCCGGCCCCUGAGGACGACGGAGGCGCCCCUGCCUCGGAAGCGUCGUUCCAGUCGGCCGACGAGGAGGACGACUUCGACCUGCCACAGGACCUGGGCACCGCCACCGGGGCCGCCAGCAGCGCUGGGCCAGCCCCGGAGUCGGGCGGCGGCGACGGCGACGCGGCCGAGGAGGAGGACGACGACGCCCUGCCGCCAGGUCUCGAGGAGGAGGACGGCGCGGACCAGCGCUGGAAUCUCAAGAGGGACGGCAACAGGGAGCAGCUCGAGCCCAUCCACCAACGGCUCAGCAUUGAACGCGAGCACGUGAAGAUCUCGAAGAUGUUCUCUUACGUGCUCCGGCACGCGGCCCACAAGCUCGACGUGCGCAUCCGCAAGGACGGAUUUGUGCGCCUGCGAGAGAUCAUGAAGUUACGGAAUUUCAAGCCGUACAACUUAGAGGAGAUCAUGGCUGCAGUGUAUUUCGACGAGAAGGAGAGAUACACUAUGGUGCGUGAGUUUGAUGGUGAGUUGCUCAUUCGAGCCAACCAGGGCCACACUAUGAAGGUGGUGGAGUCAGAAUUGCUGCUGGAGCAAAUCACUGACCCCUCCACGGUCACAGAGUGCGUCCACGGCACAUAUUUGGUCCAUUGGCCGUUUGUUAAGAGGCAGGGCCUAUCCAAAGUGGCACGGAAUCAUAUCCACAUGGCCAACGGAUUGCCCGAAGACGGUAAGAUCCGCGGAAUGCGUUCAACGGCAGAGCUCUUUGUGUACGUCGAUGUUCCAAAGGCCAUGGAGGACGGCGUCAUUUUUUUCAGGAGUAAGAACGACGUGAUCUUGACCGUUGGCAUCGAUGGAUGGCUGCCCACGAAGUAUUUCGUGAAGGCGGUGCGCAUCGACUACAACACCUGCGACAUCGAGGAGCUCGAGUUCGAGCCCGACUCGGAGGUUCCAAACUGGGCAGCGGAGCUGGCUCCGUCAGGUCCUGGCGAGCAGGGGACCUACCAGAUCAAGAAUCUUGACUCCCUGAUCGGCAACAGCAAGAGGCGGCUGCAGGAGAUAAACGGGCUGAAAGCGUUGCAGGAGCAGGGAGAGGAAUUGGACGAGGAGGAGCUGGCCAAGAUCGCCCAGCACGCCCAGGUGUACUCCGAGCUGCAGAGCCUAGAGCAGCGGAUGCGACAGCACAAGAGCCACCGGCGCGAAGGCGCGGCGGAGAAGGAGCUGCGCAUGAAGGAGGAGGCCGAGGCGGCCUCCGUGGUGCGUCGCAAGGACAGGGCGGUCACCCCGCCGUGGGAGAAGGGCAGGCAGACGCUUGAGUCCGUGGGCACGAAGACCUCGGCGAAGGAGCAGGCUGAGUGGGCCAUGAUCGGGAAGCGCCGGUCGGACGCCGAUGGGCAGACGCCGACGGCUGGCAAGAGAGCGUCCCAGUCCCAGAAGGACGACCCCUGGGACAAGAUAGGCAGCAUGCGGGCGGGCGCGACGCCUACGGCGGCCACCCCGGGCGGCGGCGAGUCGCGGAGGUCUGGAGCCCCGACGUGGCGCUCCCAG